GUGAGCGCGCAGGGGGGCGGCGGCCUCGCCUCGUCUCUCGCUGCGUCGGGCCCGGGAGGGUGACGCGGGGCGCCGCGGACGAGAUGUCGGAUUUCGACAGUAACCCGUUUGCGGACCCGGAUCUCAACAACCCCUUCAAGGAUCCAUCAGUUACACAGGUGACGAGAAAUGUCCCACCAGGACUUGACGAGUAUAACCCGUUCUCAGAUUCUAGGACGCCUCCACCAGGCAGUGUGAAAAUGCCCAGUGCACCUAACACACAGCCCGCCAUCAUGAAACCAACAGAGGAACACCCAGCUUACACACAGGUUGCCAAGGAGCAUGCCUUGGCCCAAGCCGAACUUCUUAAGCGCCAAGAGGAGCUAGAGAGAAAAGCUGCAGAACUAGAUCGUCGAGAGCGCGAAAUGCAGAGCCUCAGUCAACAUGGUCGAAAGAAUAACUGGCCGCCCCUUCCUGCCGGCUUCCCUGUGGGCCCCUGUUUCUACCAGGACUUUUCUGUAGACAUUCCCGUUGAGUUCCAGAAGACAGUGAGGCUGAUGUACUACUUAUGGAUGUUCCACGCUGUGACACUGUUUCUGAACAUCUUCGGAUGCCUGGCGUGGUUUUGUGUGGACGCCACGAGAGGAGUUGAUUUUGGACUGAGUAUCCUGUGGUUCUUGCUGUUUACUCCUUGUUCAUUUGUCUGUUGGUACAGACCACUUUACGGAGCUUUCAGGAGCGACAGUUCGUUCAGGUUCUUCGUGUUCUUCUUCGUCUAUAUCUGUCAGUUUGCUGUGCAUGUGCUCCAGGCUGCAGGAUUCCACAACUGGGGCAACUGCGGCUGGAUCUCCUCGCUCACGGGGCUCAACAGGAGCAUUCCUGUCGGCAUCAUGAUGAUCGUCAUCGCGGCGCUCUUCACGGCCUCGGCGGUCAUCUCCCUGGUCAUGUUCAAGAAGGUACACGGACUGUAUCGCACAACAGGUGCUAGUUUUGAGAAGGCCCAACAAGAGUUUGCAACAGGUGUGAUGUCCAACAAGACCGUGCAGACCGCGGCCGCCAACGCAGCCUCCAGCGCCGCACAGAGCGCGUUCAAGGGCAACCCCAUGUAGAAGCCUUCCAGCAACACACCUCUACCUUCUGACUGUACUUCUCCAGUUACUGUAUUCCACAAAUACUUUUAUGUUCACGACACACAGUAUACACAGCAUGGAUAUUUCCUGUUCACCUGUGCAUGGGCUAAAACCCGAAAAACCUCCUUGUUUUACUACUUUACCUGGUAGCUUCUUAAAACCUCAGUGCCCCUUGCAGAAAAAAAAAAAAUUUACAUGCUAAAUAAAUAAAUAUUCUCCAUGUUUUUUGGGGGAUGAUGUUCAGCAAAUUAUUUCAGUGGUGACACACUGAAAUGAAUAUGGUCCUAAUAAUUACAGCUGCAUUUGGCACACUGCACUGGCGCCUCCGAGGUCGGGAGAGGCCGAGGCGAGCCGCAGCGGUGCCGUGUCGAGCCGCUCUCCCCACGUGCAGCGGGGGGACUGGCUUGUGUUCGCAGUCACGGUCAGCAGUGAAGGGCCCGUGCACUGCGUCACAGAUAAUGUAAAUUCUGACCUUCUUAACCUUUGCUUUUUCUUUUUUGAGUAGUUGAUAUUUUGAUAACAACCCUUAGUCUUGCAUGGGCGCCAUGUUUAUUGAAUUAUAAGAAUUCGUAUUUUGAGUUCUGUACUGUUUACGGUUGUGGGGUUCAGGGAUUCUUUAUGGAAUCACAGACAUGAUUUUCUGUAAUAGUUUCUUUUCAGUACACAUUUAUUGGGGUGCAAUAUGAAAAUUUAAUAUAAUAUGCGAUGCAUUAUCCAGAGGAGAAGAUGACUGAUACAACAGAAUGUAGUGAUAAUGGCUCUUUAUUUAUGUUUUCCGUAAUUUUCAGUAUUCAUACAGUAAAAUGCUACUCUAUGGAAUCUGUGGUAUGGUCUUGUGACUAUCCUUUGGUUCAACUGGAAUUGUGUUGUAACAGAGGAAUUAAAGGCCAGUCUAACCUUUGUCUAAGACAACACAGUAUUUAAGGAAUUUUUCUUGUAGCCUGUUAUUUCUCAGUGGCAUUCAAUAUAAAGAGACCCCAGUGUUUCUCCUGUAGUUGAAUCCCCAGUACACUGAGGUCCUCCUUGAGACAGUGAACCCAUUUAUGAUCUCGAGCAGUAGAGGUGAAGCCUUCAACUUGUGCAAAUUCAGUUAACGGUUUUAAUUAGGAAGACAGAAGCAUGAGGAUCCCACAGAACUUCACCCUCACGGUAUGCUUGGGGCCCGGCCCGGCAUCCUGCUCAGAUACCGACUGGAUGCUUCAAAGCCCAGGUCAUGUCGCUGAGUUUCAGAUGUCUUCAGCUGCAGACCGCAGCGCGAUGGGCAGUGGCUUGUCUGGAUUUGGAGUAAGGAGAGUCUUGGGGCAUACUGAGGCCUUGAUGCUGUUUUAAGGAAUCAGUUGGACGUAUGUGGCCGGCUCGAUCCCUGCGGGGAGGACCGGUGCUGACUGUGCGGGGGUGUGGGGGUUGGUUCUGCCCCACGUGGGCCAGGCUUUGUUAGUGACCAAGGCAGAGACUUCUGUUCUGAAGCAAAUGGGGCUCAGCAAGUUUAAAGCUGAUUUAUGAAUGCUUCUGUCUGUGGUGGUCUGCGCCUACAUUCUCACCCUUUCUUUGUUGUGCUAGGCCGGGUACAGCUUCAUGGCGUGCCCGGCCAGAAGGUGUGGCAGCACACACACCCACCAACAGCUCACGUCCCAGACCUGGUUUUGUUUUUCUGUAAGCAACUAGAGAAGGAUGUAGGAGAGACUUUUGAAGUAGAAUGUUUUCAUUUUUUAAUUAUGUAGACAUAUCCAAGGGUAGCGUUACUUAAUAGUGAAGAAUCAUUACCAUGGCUAACAUUUUUAUGUAGUUGGGGAUGUGUUGUUAAAGUUGUGUGCGUUACUAGAAGUUUGAGAGAGCAAAUUAUGUGUUUAUUUUUUUUAGAAUGUCAGUGUGCAUUAAAAAGAUGGCAGUGGUUGCAGUUGGAUCAGGUGUAAAUGCAGCUUUAAAUUCUUAGAUGAACUGUCCGCACUGGUCGCUGUUCCUGCAGUGACAGACUGGCACCGUCUGUGCUGUGCGUUGGGCAAAGGGCCCGGCUGCGCUGUGCUCCAGUGGUGUGUGCACGAAGCACCCAGGCGGGCUUCGGUUUGCUGCGUGAGAUCAUGGCUACUUCACUGACCUGUCAGCUGAUCUGUGAACACUGGAAAGUCAUUGCUCAGUGAUCUGUAAUCUGGGUCUGGGUUAUCUCUCUAGGAUGUCUGUGUAUUUUGUCGGUAACACUGCACUGCCGUCAUGGCAACUGUCACAUUUCUAUAUGGAUGCCCUUCAUCUGUCCCUCCACUGUUGCAUGUGGUCAGUGAUUUGGAAGUUUUGUAUAUUUAUUGUAUUCACAGAGUGUCAUCAAAUAAAAUGCUGUUUCCUGG